UUCCAUAGCGUGGCAUUCGGUCGGUGAUGUCUUUUCAACAGCAAAUCCCCCCAGCGAUGGAAUACCUGAGUGCAGCGUGGGAGCUCGGAUGUGCUGAAAGGGAACUGAACCCCAAAUGUGCUGGGUGCACAGAGCAUCUCCGCGGGAAGGGAUCGUGCGAGAUAAAAACACUUGAUCUCAGAAGGCAUUUUGUUUUGUUCUUAAUAAAUGAAGGGGUGUUAGGAAGAGAAACGUGGAUAUUCAUUAGCAAAGCCAUGGAAGAGCGUGGCAUUCUAAAUCCUUUCCGCAAUCCGUAACUCAGACUCUGGUUAUUGAACUGGUUGGACCAUAGCCAUCAGAAAGAGGCAACUUUAUCCCGGGGAGCUUUUCUCAGCGCUUCGUCCUUGCAGGGUGCCGUGAGGUCGGUGCUGUUCAAUCCCAUCUGUGACCGUUCUCCCACCCAGGCAGAACCACCCGUUGCCAUCAGCACUUGGAUCACGAUGGGUUCCAGUGGCACAGCUCUGCUCUCUGGAUCCAUGUCAAAACCUUGUUUUCUUGCUCCCUCUUGGGGAGGGACUUGAGAUUUUGGGAUGAGUGUGGAUAGAGCAGAGCUGUACAAGUGCUACAUGAGUAAUUACGGUUUCCCUGUGCUGAGCAACGUUGUUUUAGGGGUUGCAGUAAUUAAGACAUUGUUUUACAGUUUGGUAGGAAGAUUAAACCAGAACAGUAGCGUGGAAAUUCAUCUAAAAUAGGAUGGAAACAGCAGGGAGAAGAAGGGAAGACUUAAUACAUUAUCAAGCAGAUCCCAGUUGCUGGGAUACAGUGGAUUUAAACGUUCUGCUGCCUGGGAGCUGGAACUCCUCGCUGGCAUUCUGACCCACCCAGUGAUGGGCUGCACCUUCCCUGGCUGGGAGGGAAGCAUCACGCUUCCAACCUGUCUCAUUAGAGGAUGCUGGUGAGGUUUCUGCUUGAAGAUUUACAGUGGUGGAUGGGUAGUGGUCAUGACCGCUGAGUUUGUACGGUGCCCCAUCUGAUCGCUGCCAUGAAGACCUUCAGGAGCGGCUCCAUCCUCAGCCUGCUGCCUUGGGCUUUCUGCCUCCCUCUGGCAUCUCCCUUUCCAAAAGUGACCAUCCCGGCAGAGCUGCAGUCAUCGGUGGCUAAAAUCGCCGUGAACUCCACGUCGUGCAGCGUCACCUGCGGGCUGGGCCUCAAAGUGGAGGAGACGUGCGAGGUGACGGCGGCGGGCGAGCGGCGGAACUGCACCUCGCGUCGCUCCCACUGCACCACCACGUGGGGCUGCGGCCUGCUGCACUUCACCGUCCCCGUGGGCAAACCCUUGGUGCUCAGCUGCCUGAGCUCGGACGUCAUCCGUUUGGGUACCAGAGGCUACAGCUGCACGUGGAAGCUCGCCCCGGGGCUCAUCACCAUGAACGACGUUCUGUUCUCGCCUUUCAGAAACCCCGGCUUCGUCGUCACCUUUGCCCCGACCCAGGAGGCCGACGCGGGGACUUACCGCUGCGACGUGCGCGUGUUGAAGACGUUCAGGGUCAUCAAGAGGGUCUACUUCGGGGUCAGGGUGAUCCGAAAGGACUUGGUGGACCUGGACUUUGGCAAAUCCUUGACUCAGGAGCAGAGGCUGGCAGCCAGUAACGAGGAGGGAAUCGUAGGCAACAGCACCCUCGGAGACGUGGAGGAGAAGCUGCACUUCUGGCAAAGGAAAUCGUUUCAUAGAUCCUCCAUAGGAGUGGGAAUCGGGCUGGUGGGAGUCGUCAUAGCGAGCGUAGCUCUCCGCCACUUGCAGAAGAAGCUGAGAAGCAGAGGUGCAGAGGAUCAGGCUCCGUUCUAACGCAAUUUCUUGCCUCUGUCUCGCCGAUCCUAACAAGCAGAGCAACAUUAGUGCUGGUGCAGUCUUUUGCAGUGAGGUUUGUAAUUGCUUCCUGGCUGCUGGGUUGGAGAGUUUGAGGUUUUGUUUUGCGGCUAAUGACUUGGGAUCCUACUUCUUCCUCAUCCCCCCUUGCAUUUCUUCUCCCUCGCCCAGGUUUGUGACGCGGAUCCCUGGGGUUGAGUAGCUGGCACUCUCCAGCAAGAGGUGCAUAGAAGUAAAGGUGCUGCAGCUGGGUCGCUGGGGUCCUUCCCAUCAGCCCCCAAGGUCUGUGUUGGGGAGCUGGGAGUGCUGGGAGGAGGUGAGGCACCGCUCCCUGCUGGCUCUGUUUGUUUGUCUCCCGCUUCAGAAAGCUGAAGCAUCAUCAAGCCGUAGUUGGAAGCUUCCACUCUUCCCUUUGUAGUUUGGAACAGCGAGGCAGGAAAGCAUUAGGCAGCACAAGCACAUCUUCAAUUUGAGCACUGCAGCUCAAGGAGCGUAACGGGGUGGUUUUAAUCACGACUCAGAGCUGAGCUCGCUCCUAAAAUCUUUAAAGGAGGAGGAGAGGGAAGAGUUCAGUGGGCUUGUGGCUCACUCGUUUUCCUGGUGACUAAUGAGUACAAAGCGUGCAGCAGCACUGUGGGGAGCACUGUUUCCCCAUUGGUAGCAGAAUCCGCAGAGGGACCUAUUAAGUGCCUCUUCUCUCUGGUUUCUGUCUUUAUUUUACAGUAAACAACUCUAUUUACUUGGUCUGUUUCCUUUUUUUUUUUUCCCCAUGAAGUACAGGAAUGCACCACGCAUCCAAUCCUGGGCUGAGUAAUGAUGGAGCUCUCCUAUUUAAGAUCAAAGCGCGCUAUUAUUUUAUCUUUUCACCAGGAAAAAAAAAAAAAAAAAAGCUUCAAUGUCGAAAGAGCUGGGUAUGCAAGGAGACACCUUAUUUGCAGAACAUCCCAUUUAAAGAAAAAAAAAAAAAAAACACUAGCAACAUCAGACCGAAACGUAGCGAGCUGAAUCUUCAUGUCCAAUUAAGUGGGUAAUAGGUAUAUCUGGAUAAUGAUCUGUAGGCCGUGGGGUUGUCUGUGUUUGGGUGGGGAUCUGAGCCUGUUAGCAGCUUUGGAUUCUCGGCGCGUUGUCGGCUGGGUUCUGCAGGCAGACUUCAGCGGGCACAGCCAUGGGGAGAGGUUUGUGGAGGUGGAGGGAGCUGCCUUGCAGUGCCUGAAGGUGCCCCUGGGUGUGCAGUGCUUGUCUGGCCCCGUGCUUUGCGCUGAUUCACUGCUGAGCUUCCCUGUCCACUCCUGCUUUAGGCUAGCUGCUUGCUCUGCUUAAAAACAGAUUUCUCGUCAGCUGAAAUACACGCAGGGCAGGCUGCCCCAGGGUCGGGGGGGGGGGGGGGGGGUCAGCUCGGUCUUCUGCCCACGCUUACCCCAUCCCUGAGCAAACCACACACAGGGGACACCCAGACUUUGGUUCCCUCUUCUCACCUCGUCCUCUCCCCCCACCCCCAGGGAAUCUCCUCUUUCCGAAGCAGCAGCACUGACACGGAGCAGUGCACACCCACGUUUUGGACGCCUCCAGGAGCCCGCUGCGUGCUGGCUGCGUUCAUCCCACCCAGACCUCUCCCAUCCUUGGCUUUCUCGGGGCAUCCUCGUGAGGUUGGUGGCACUACUGAGAAGUAAGAAGGACCCUGUGAAAUUGGAUGACUUCCCUCGCUGAGCCAUUACAGCGCUGGAACAAAAACCAGGAGCUUAACUCGUCCCUAUCCUCUCUGUCUUGAAAUAUCUCCAUGUCUUCUGCAUCAGGAGGAUCUCUCCCCAAACGGGUGGAUUUUCACUUACCCCUCCUCCUCCUCCCCAAAGACAAAAAG